GGGGUUGUUUGAUUAUUUAGUGAGUUUUAGUUUUUCUUAUAUCUGGGUUGUUUUUAUUUUGGUUCUGGUUCUGGAUUCUUGCUUGGGUUUAUGGAAGUUUUCAGUGCAAGUUUUUUCUUGAGAAGAUUUUGUUAGUGAAUUUUAUUGAAGUUUUGUGUUAAUGUGUUUCUUAAAGAAUGUUGUUAGUCUUUAUAAUUGAGUGAUGAAUUUUGGAAAGAGAAAAUAGACUUUUUAUGUGAGAUUAAGACUUGGGGUGGCUAAGAUAACUAUUGGGCUUAGUUGAGCUUGGAUUUUAUAGUUCGGAAAUCUAAACUACUGAUAUUUGAGAAUAAAAACUGGGUUUUCUUUAUGUUCCUUUGCUUAUCAUUUCAGCUGAAUUGAUGACUCUGAGGAUUUGGUAUAAGGAGCGAGAACUAGAUUAAUAGGCAAACAUAAUGUAAAUAGCCUCAAAGGAGAAUGCAGUGGCAAUUGUAGAGAAGGUGAAAAAGGAAAAGAAUUCAGUUUCUAGAGAGACAACUAGCCCUUUGGUUCUUAAGAUUUAGUUUCCUGAUUAACUGAUAUAUGCCACAAAUCUCUUUAAUGUGAAUGCAAUCUGAGGCUGAUAGAAGUACAUGUCAUACAUAAGACGCAACUAAAUGUUAUAGCUUGGGAUGUUGUUAUGAAGAAAGUUUGUUUCCUCAUCCCCUGCAAUCUUUUGAUGUGUUUUUGGUUGGUUAUUUGAGAUGCUGCUCAAUAAGGACUUUCAUGAGCUGGAGUACCUUGAGGUUAUAGAGGAACUGAAUUUUGUUAAAUGAAUUGAAUAUAAAUCAGGGUGACUAAGUGUGAUUUAGAAAUAUAGUUUGGUGAUAUAUAAUUUGAAAUGGAUGAUGAGGAAUUGAGGAUGUUGAAUGAUUACUUUUUUCAGAGGGCAUAUGGUUGACGACUUUACGGUGACUAUUUAGGUUUUGCAAAUGACUGUUAAAUUUAAGUGUUACAGAUGGCUCAUUUGGUCCAGCAAUUUCAAUGAUAAUAUGUAUGAGGUGGUAUAACUUAUCAAUUCCACACAGGUCUAAUUUUCAGAAACACAUAAUCAGGAAUUGUGAAGCAGUCAGAUUAUAUGGAGCCAAAAGUUCUUUUGGCUAUCACUUUGAUCAAUAAUAUUAUCUAAAGUGGUGAGGAUAUCUUUGCUUCAGAAAUCAGAACUUUGGUUCUUUUUGCACCUCAUGACCAUGUUUCCUGUUGGGCGUAUCCACCGCCUUCUGAAAACAAGAGCAACCGCCCAUGGAAGAGUGGGUGCAACGGCAGCUGUUUACUCUGCUGCUAUCUUGGAGUACCUGACUGCUGAAGUGUUAGAGCUGGCAGGAAAUGCAAGCAAGGAUCUGAAGGUAAAACGUAUAACACCAAGGCAUCUGCAGCUAGCAAUCCGGGGUGAUGAGGAGCUAGACACCCUUAUAAAAGGAACCAUAGCUGGUGGUGGUGUGAUCCCUCACAUCCACAAGUCGCUUAUCAACAAAUCCUCCAAGGAAUAAUGCUUUUGCUGUCCAUCGUUUUAUUAACUGAAUCCAAGGGAUGGAUUGCUGUGUUGUGUACAUUGGCAGAGAUAGUUUAUUGGGUGAUAAUUUGCCCAUUUUCUUUUCGAUGAUAGCUGGUUUUCUGGUCGUUCUGGUAGGAACUGAACAACGUAUGGUUUCAUUUGUGGCAGUUUGCAAAUUGGGAGACAAUCCUGUAGGUUGAACAGAAAGUUGCUAGAAUCCGUUACUGUUCAUUUCA